UGACAUAAAAUAUCUAAAAAUAAAAAAUCCAUAAGCAACCCAAGAAAAGACAUUUAAAAGAUAAUAUGGAAUUGAUUUUUUUGUAAAGAAUUAAUGUUUUCCAAUUUUUCCAGUUUUUUUUUGAGAUUUAUUGAUAAAGAUUCAUUAAAAAUAAUUCAAACAAAAGGAAACAACAUUUCGUUUGAGAGAUGGUAUCAUAAAUAUCUUUUUUCCCCGGAAAAAAGAUAUAAAUCAUCAAAAAAUUCAUUAAAUACGUUUUUCAAAAAUGUUUUAAUAAGAAAUUUCAAUUCAGAUAAAUCCAUUUUUAGGAAAGGAUUUUUCAGAAUCAAAUUAUCAAAGACUUUAAUGUAUUUUAAUACUUUAAAUCAUGGAAUUCUACCAAUUAUUAGCAUGCCUGAGUAUAUGUAUAUAAAGAAUGGAAUGGAUAAAUUUCAAUUUCAAAAAAAAAGGUCUAUAUUUACAGAUAGAAUAAACAGAAAUGAUAUUCUAGUAAAAGAUAUUAUGGAAGAUAGAUUGAAAAAUCCAGUGACUAUUUCAUCUCCGGCAGUUCUUUCUUUAAUUAAACAUUAUAAUAUUACUAAUCCUUUCGAAAUCAAAACAACAGGCCCUCGGGGAAGGUUGUUAAAAGGAGAUAUUCUUGCACAUGUCGGUGCAAUAAAUAAAGAUUUUCCUUUAAAAUUGGUAAAAAUUAUCGAAGAAAAAGAAAAAUUAGAUCUUAGUAAUCUAAAAAUAAAACCAAAACAACCUAUAGAAAACUCAUUUAUUUCAAUAAUUAUUCCUGUUUGUCUUAAAUCCCUUUUAUCAAUGAAAGAAAGUAUUAAUGAAAAAUUAAAUAUUAAAAUAGAACUUUCGGAUUUAAUAAACAAAGCUAUCUACAAGGGAUCCCAAAAAGUACCUUCUAUUUUUCUUAAGAAACCAUCUAGACAGGAAAUUUUAUUUUCUAACGUUUUAGAAGAAAUUCCAAAAUAUUAUAAUUGUAUAAAUGUCAAUAUAAAUAAUGAAGACUUUCAAAUUGAUUAUAUUAAGGACAAGAAAACAAAUGUGUUAUGGGCAUCACCUAAAAUUAUUCGGUGGUUUUAUAUUUAUUAAUUAGUUUUAUAUUAAUUAAUAUAGUAUCGAAAAUAUAAUAUUUCCUUCCUCUAUAUCAUUAAGUUUAGAGGAAAUUCUUGAAGCUCCAGAACAAAAAUUAGAAGAGUCUAAAGAAGAUUUAGAUAUAAUAGAUUUUCUAGCAGGAAAUCUAUUUGACAAAUCAUCUAUGUCUACUAAAAAAAAAUGCCCUUACUAUACAACAUUUAUAAGGAUAAAACUGGAUAAAUCUUAUACAGAUAUUUAUGUUGCAAAGACUUUUAUUAAGGAAUUAAAAAGCUGUAUCGAAACUCCAGAAACCUUAUUGUUAUAAGCUAAAUUUAUUUUAUGAUAAAAUAUUUUUAAAUUUAAUUCAUGUAUUAUAUACAAUCAACGG